AUGGCCGAAAACGUUGUUCCUGUUAUUGCUCAACUAGAGGAAUACGUAUAUAACAUGCUUAAAUUCAUCUAUGGAUGGUACUUUACAUUCGUACAAGGCUCUGUAUACUUAACACUCAUAAGUUUACAAGGAUUCACCACAAAGCAAAUGGUGAAUCCAGGGAAAAUGUACGUUAAGCUUUCUGUUGUUCUUAUGGGUUCUCAUGGAUUAACAAAAGGAUCCUUGGCUUAUCUCAAUUAUCCUGCUCAACUAAUGUUCAAAUCAACCAAGGUUUUACCUGUUAUGAUCAUGGGAGCUUUCAUUCCUGGUUUGAGAAGAAAGUAUCCCCCACGUGAAUAUUUUUUUGUUGUUCAUCUUGUUGUUGGAUUGUUCCUCUUCACAUUAGCUGAUGUCAAUAGUUCUCUAAAUUUUAGUAUUAUUGGUGUUGUGAUGGAUGAAGCAGUUGGCUUUGCUUAUGAAGAGGCUUAUUUUACAUUACAAGACUUGAAAGGAAUCAAGCUCUCUGGAAGCACUUUCAAUAUCCUCUUUAACCUUAAUAAGUUCAUGACCUUUGAAUCCCGUGACCGCUUUCUCAUUCGCCAGGAACGUGAGAAUCCAACAUUGACUGAAUGGGAUUGGUUUGCACAUCGGGAAUAUAUAAGGCUUUCAAUGGAGGAAGAUGCAGAUGAUGCAUCUAAUGGUAGUGGGGAUGUAUGGGAUGAGUCUCUUGAGGCUCCAUUUUGA